AUGGACGUGGACGUGGACGUGGACGUGGACAUGGGCGUUGACGUGGACAUGGACAUGGACGUGGACGUGGACAUGGACGUGGACGUGGACAUGGACAUGGACGUGGACAUGGACGUGGACAUGGACGUGGACAUGGACGUGGACGUGGACGUGGACGUGGACAUGGACGUGGACGUGGACGUGGACAUGGACGUGGACGUGGACGUGGACAUUGACGUGGACGUGGACGUGGACCUGGACGUAGACGUGGACGUGGACAUGGAGGUGGACGUGGACGUGGAGGACUUAGACGUGGACAUGGACGUGGACGUGGACGUGGACAUGGACGUGGACAUGGACAUGGACGUGGACAUGGACGUGGACGUGGACGUGGACAUCGACGUGGACGUGGACGUGGGCGUGGACGUGGACAUAGACAUGGACGUGGACAUGGACGUGGACGUGGUCAUGGACGUGGACGUGGACGUGGACGAGGACAUGGACGUGGACGUGGAUGUGGAGGAGCUGGACGUGGACAUGGACGUGGACAUGGACGUGGACGUGGACGUGGACGUGGACAUGGAGGUGGACGUGGACGUGGACGUAGACGUGGACGUGAACAUGGACGUGGACAUGGACGUGGAUGUGGACAUGGACGUGGACAUGGACGUGGACAUGGACGUGGACGUGGACGUGGACAUGGACGUGGACAUGGACGUGGACAUGGACGUGGAUGUGGACAUGGACGUGGACGUGGACGUGGACGUGGACGUGGACGUGGACGUGGACGUGGAUGUGGACGUGGACAUGGACGUGGACGUGGAUGUGGACAUGGACCUGGACAUGGACGUGGACAUGGACGUGGACAUGGACGUGGACGUGGAAAUGGACGUGGAUAUGGACGUGGACGUGGACCUGGACGUGGACGUGGACGUGGACGUGGACGUGGACAUGGACGUGGACGUGGUCGUGGUCGUGGAAGUGGACGUGGACAUGGACGUGGUCGUGGUCGUGGACGUAGACGUGGUCGUGGACGUGGACGUGGACGUGGAGGACGUGGACGUGGACGUGGAGGACGUGGACGUGGACGUGGACGUGGAGGACGUGGACGUGGACGUGGACGAGGUUGUGGACGUGGAGGACUUGGACGUGGACAUGGACGUGAACGUGGACGUGGACGUGGACAUGGUCGUGGACGUGGACGUGGACGUUGAUGUGGACAUGGACGUGGACGUGGACAUGGACGUGGACAUGGACGUGGACAUGGACGUGGACGUGGACGUGGACGUGGACGUGGACGUGAACAUGGACGUGGACGUGGACAUGGACGUGGACGUGGACGUGGACAUGGACGUGGACGUGGACGUGGACGUGGACAUGGACGUGGACAUGGACGUGGACGUGGACGUGGACGUGGACAUAGACGUGGACGUGGACGUGGACAUGGACGUGGACGUGGACAUAGACGUGGACGUGGACGUCCACGUGGACAUAGACGUGGACAUGGACGUGGACGUGGACGUGGACGUGGACAUCGACGUGGACGUGGACGUGGGCGUGGACGUGGACAUGGAGUUGGACGUUGACGUGGACAUGGACGUGGAUGUGGACGUGGACGUGGACAUGGACGUGAACAUGGACAUGGACAUGGACCUGGACGUGGACGUGGACGUGGACGUGGACAUGGACAUGGACGUGGACGUGGACGUGGUCGUGGAAGUGGACGUGGACAUGGAUGUGGUCGUGGUCGUGGACGUAGACGUGGUCGUGGACGUAGACGUGGACGUGGAGGACGUGGACGUGGACGUGGAGGACGUGGACGUGGACGUGGACGAGGUUGUGGACGUGGAGGACUUGGACGUGGACAUGGACGUGGACGUGGACGUGGACGUGGACAUGGUCGUGGAUGUGGACGUGGACGUUGAUGUGGACAUGGACGUGGACGUGGACAUGGACGUGGACAUGGACGUGGACAUGGACGUGGACGUAGACGUGGACGUGGACAUGGACGUGGACGUGGACAUGGACGUGGACGUGGACGUGGACAUGGACGUGGACGUGGACGUGGACGUGGACAUGGACAUGGACGUGGACGUGGACAUGGACAUGGACGUGAACGUGGACGUGGACGUGGAUAUGGACGUGGACGUGGACGUCGACGUGGACAUGGACGUGGACAUGGACAUGGACGUGGACGUGGACGUGGACGUGGACAUGGACGUGAACAUGGACAUGGACAUGGACCUGGACGUGGACGUGGACGUGGACGUGGACAUGGACAUGGACGUGGACGUGGACGUGGUCGUGGAAGUGGACGUGGACAUGGAUGUGGUCGUGGUCGUGGACGUAGACGUGGUCGUGGACGUGGACGUGGACGUGGAGGACGUGGACGUGGACGUGGAGGACGUGGACGUGGACGUGGACGGGGUUGUGGACGUGGAGGACUUGGACGUGGACAUGGACGUGGACGUGGACGUGGACGUGGACAUGGUCGUGGAUGUGGACGUGGACGUUGAUGUGGACAUGGACGUGGACGUGGACGUGGACGUGGACAUGGACGUGGACAUGGACGUGGACGUAGACGUGGACGUGGACAUGGACGUGGACGUGGACAUGGACGUGGACGUGGACGUGGACAUGGACGUGGAUGUGGACGUGGACGUGGACAUGGACAUGGACGUGGACGUGGACGUGGACAUGGACGUGGACGUGGACGUGGACGUGGACGUGGACGUGGACGUCGACGUGGACGUGGACGUGGACAUGGACGUGGACGUGGACGUGGGCGUGGACGUCGACAUGGACAUGGACGUGGGCGUGGACGUCGACAUGGACAUGGACGUGGACGUGGACAUGGACGUGGACGUGGACAUGGACGUGGACGUGGACAUGGACGUGGACAUGGACGUGGACAUGGAAGUGGACGUGGACGUGGACGUGGACGUGGACAUGGACGUGGACGUAGACGUGGACGUGGACAUGGACGUGGACGUGGACAUGGACGUGGACGUGGACGUGGACAUGGACGUGGACGUGGACGUGGACGUGGACAUGGACAUGGACGUGGACGUGGACAUGGACAUGGACGUGAACGUGGACGUGGACGUGGAUAUGGACGUGGACGUGGACGUCGACGUGGACAUGGACGUGGACAUGGACAUGGACGUGGACGUGGACGUGGACGUGGACAUGGACGUGAACAUGGACAUGGACAUGGACCUGGACGUGGACGUGGACGUGGACGUGGACAUGGACAUGGACGUGGACGUGGACGUGGUCGUGGAAGUGGACGUGGACAUGGAUGUGGUCGUGGUCGUGGACGUAGACGUGGUCGUGGACGUGGACGUGGACGUGGAGGACGUGGACGUGGACGUGGAGGACGUGGACGUGGACGUGGACGGGGUUGUGGACGUGGACGUAGACGUGGACGUGGACAUGGACGUGGACGUGGACAUGGACGUGGACGUGGACGUGGACAUGGACGUGGAUGUGGACGUGGACGUGGACAUGGACAUGGACGUGGACGUGGACGUGGACAUGGACGUGGACGUGGACGUGGACGUGGACGUGGACGUGGACGUCGACGUGGACGUGGACGUGGACAUGGACGUGGACGUGGACGUGGGCGUGGACGUCGACAUGGACAUGGACGUGGGCGUGGACGUCGACAUGGACAUGGACGUGGACGUGGACAUGGACGUGGACGUGGACAUGGACGUGGACGUGGACAUGGACGUGGACAUGGACGUGGACAUGGAAGUGGACGUGGACGUGGACGUGGACGUGGACAUGGACGUGGACGUGGACGUGGACAUGGACGUGGACGUGGACAUGGAUAUGGACGUGGACGUGGACGUGGACGUGGACCUGGACGUGGACGUGGACAUGGACGUGGACGUGGACGUGGAUGUGGAGGACUUGGACGUGGACAUGGACGUGGACGUGGACGUGAACAUGGACGUGGACGUGGAUAUGGACGUAGACAUGGACGUAGACGUGGACGUGGACGUGGGCGUGGACGUGGACAUCGACGUGGACGUGGACGUGGACAUGGACAUGGACGUGGACGUGGACGUGGACGUGGACAUCGACGAGGACGUGGACGUGGGCGUGGACGUGGUCAUGGACAUGGACGUGGACGUGGACAUGGACGUGGACGUGGACAUGGACGUGGACGUGGACGUGAACGUGGACAUGGACGUGGACGUGGACAUGGACGUGGACAUGGACGUGGACGUGGAGAUAGACGUGGACAUGGACGUGGACAUGGACGUGGACGUGGACGUGGACAUGGACGUGGACAUGGACGUGGACAUGGACGUGGACGUGGACAUGGACGUGGACGUGGACGUGGACGUGGACAUGGACGUGGACGUGGACGUGGACGUGGAUGUGGACGUGGACAUGGACGUGGACGUGGACUUGGACAUGGACGUGGACAUGGACGUGGACAUGGACGUGGACAUGGACAUGGACGUGGACAUGGACGUAGACGUGGACGUGGACGUGGACGUGGACGUGGACGUGGACGUGGACCUGGACAUGGACACGUGUCGUGGACGUAGACGUGGACGUGGACGUGGACGUGGACGUGGAUUGGACGUGGACAUAGACGUGGACGUGGACGUGGACGUGGACGAGGACAUGGACAUAGACGUGGACGUGGACGUGGACGUGGACGUGGACAUGGUCGUGGAUGUGGACAUGGACAUGGACAUGGACCUGGACAUGGACGUGGACAUGCACAUGGACGUGGACGUGGACAUGGACGUGGACAUGGACGUGGACGUGGACGUGGACAUGGACAUGGACAUGGACGUGGACGUGGACGUGUACAUGGACGUGGACAUGGACGUGGACGUGGACGUGGACAUGGACAUGGACGUGGAUGUGGACGUGAACGUGGACAUGGACGUGGACAUGGACGUGGACAUGGACGUGGACAUGGACGUGGACAUGGACGUGGACAUGGACCGUGGACAUGGACGUGGACGUGGACACGUGGACGUGGACGUGGACGUGGACGUGGACAUGGACGUGGACGUGGACGUGGACGUGGACAUGGACCUGGACGUGGACGUGGACGUGGACGUGGACGUAGACGUGGUCGUGGAAGUGGACGUGGACAUGGACGUGGUCGUGGUCGUAGACGUAGACGUGGUCGUGGACGUGGACGUGGACGUGGAGGACGUGGACGUGGACGUGGAGGACGUGGACAUGGACGUGGACGAGGUUGUGGACGUGGAGGACUUGGACGUGGACAUGUACGUGGACGUGGACGUGGACGUGGACAUGGUCGUGGACGUGGACGUGGACGUUGAUGUGGACAUGGACGUGGACAUGGACGUGGACAUGGACGUGGACAUAGACGUGGACGUGGACGUGGACAUGGACGUGGACGUGGACGUGGACAUGGACGUGGACGUGGACGUGGACAUGGACGUAGACGUGGACGUGGACGUGGACAUGGACGUGGACGUGGACGUGGACGUGGACAUGGACGUGGACGUGGACGUGGACAUGGACGUGGACGUGGACGUCGACGUGGACAUGGACGUGGACAUGGACGUCGACGUAGACAUGGACGUGGACAUGGACAUGGACGUGGACGUGGACAUGGACAUGGACGUGGCGUGGACGUGGACACGUGUCGUGGACGUAGACGUGGACGUGGACGUGGACGUGGACGUGGACGUGGACGUGGAGAUGGACAUGGACAUGGACAUGGACGUGGACGUGGACGUGGACGUGGACGUGGACAUGGACGUGGACGUGGAAGUGGACGUGGACAUAGACGUGGACGUGGACGUGGACGUGGACGAGGACAUGGACAUAGACGUGGACGUGGACGUGGACGUGGACAUGGUCAUGGAUGUGGACAUGGACAUGGACAUGGACCUGGACAUGGACGUGGACAUGCACAUGGACGUGGACGUGGACAUGGACGUGGACAUGGACGUGGACGUGGACGUGGACAUGGACAUGGACAUGGACGUGGACGUGGACGUGUACAUGGACGUGGACAUGGACGUGGACGUGGACGUGGACAUGGACAUGGACGUGGACGUGGACGUGAACGUGGACAUGGACGUGGACAUGGACGUGGACAUGGACGUGGACAUGGACGUGGACGUGGACGUGGACGUGGACAUGGACAUGGACGUGGACGUGGACAUGGACGUGGACGUGGACGUGGACGUGGACGUGGACGUGGACAUGGACGUGGACGUGGACGUGGACAUGGACGUGGACAUGGACGUGGACAUGGACAUGGACGUGGACGUGGACGUGGACAUGGACAUGGACGUGGACGUGGACAUGGACGUGGACGUGGACGUGGACGUGGACGUGGACGUGGACAUGGACGUGGACGUGGACGUGGACAUGGACGUGGACAUGGACGUGGACGUGGACAUGGACGUGGACAUGGACGUGGACAUGGAAGUGGACGUGGACGUGGACGUGGACGUGGACAUGGACGUGGACGUGGACGUGGACAUGGACGUGGACGUGGACAUGGAUAUGGACGUGGACGUGGACGUGGACGUGGACCUGGACGUGGACGUGGACAUGGACGUGGACGUGGACGUGGAUGUGGAGGACUUGGACGUGGACAUGGACGUGGACGUGGACGUGAACAUGGACGUGGACGUGGAUAUGGACGUAGACAUGGACGUAGACGUGGACGUGGACGUGGGCGUGGACGUGGACAUCGACGUGGACGUGGACGUGGACAUGGACAUGGACGUGGACGUGGACGUGGACGUGGACAUCGACGAGGACGUGGACGUGGGCGUGGACGUGGUCAUGGACAUGGACGUGGACGUGGACAUGGACGUGGACGUGGACAUGGACGUGGACGUGGACGUGAACGUGGACAUGGACGUGGACGUGGACAUGGACGUGGACAUGGACGUGGACGUGGAGAUAGACGUGGACAUGGACGUGGACAUGGACGUGGACGUGGACGUGGACAUGGACGUGGACAUGGACGUGGACAUGGACGUGGACGUGGACAUGGACGUGGACGUGGACGUGGACGUGGACAUGGACGUGGACGUGGACGUGGACGUGGAUGUGGACGUGGACAUGGACGUGGACGUGGACUUGGACAUGGACGUGGACAUGGACGUGGACAUGGACGUGGACAUGGACAUGGACGUGGACAUGGACGUAGACGUGGACGUGGACGUGGACGUGGACGUGGACGUGGACGUGGACCUGGACAUGGACGUGGCGUGGACGUAG